UCUGUGGAUCAGCAUCAUGGAACGGAUUUAACGGAAUCCGUUGUUUCUAGCAGGAGGAAGGAUUGGUUUCUGUUCUGUUCUUCAUGUUAGAUGAAAAGGCGCGUCUCGCUCCGACAUGCAACAGAUUACAAGCUUUGCGUUGUUUCUCAUUCUGCCGCUGUUUUGGGGAUUUGCGCUCGCAGGAGCUCCCAGUGUUCAGAUAGGGGGCUUGUUUCCUAGGGGAGCGGAUCAGGAGUACAGUGCCUUUCGGGUUGGCAUGGUUCAAUUCUCUACGUCUGAAUUCCGUCUCACUCCACACAUUGACAACUUGGAGGUGACAAACAGCUUUGCUGUCACCAACUGCUUCUGUUCACAGUUCUCACGAGGAGUUUAUGCCAUUUUUGGAUUUUAUGAUAAGAAGUCGGUAAAUACGAUAACAUCGUUUUGUGGGACACUGCACGUCUCCUUCAUCACUCCAAGUUUUCCGCUGGAUAGCAUGCAACAAUUCGUCCUCCAGAUGAGACCCGACAUUAAAGGGCCAUUACUGAGCCUCAUCGAGUACUACAAGUGGGACAAAUUUGCCUACCUGUAUGACAGUGAUCGAGGACUGACAACUCUGCAGGUGGUACUGGAUAUGGCAGCAGAGAGAAAGUGGCAGGUGACUGCCAUAAAUGUGGGAAAUAUGAAAGAUGAAAGAAAAGAUGAGGCAUACCGGUUGCUCUUCCAGGACCUGGAAAUUAAGAAAGAGAGGAGAGUGAUCCUCGACUGCGAGCUGGACAAAGUCAAAGAUAUCAUGGAACAGAUAAUAACUACUGGAAGACAUGUGAAGGGAUAUCACUAUAUCAUAGCAAACCUGGGCUUUGCGGAUGGAGACCUGUCCAAAAUUCAGUAUGGCGGAGCCAAUGUGUCAGGAUUUCAGAUUGUGGAUUUUGAAGACCCCUUGGUGUCCAAAUUUGACCAACGCUGGGAAGCUCUGGAAGAAAAGGAAUAUCCUGGAGCUGACAGCAAGAUUCGGUACACCUCAGCGCUGACCUACGAUGCUGUGCAGGUAAUGACUGAGGCUUUUCGCUACCUGCACAAGCAGAAGAUUGAUAUCUCUCGUCGGGCUAAUAAUGGAGACUGUCUUGCUAACCCUGCCGUGCCCUGGGCUCAGGGUGUGGAAAUCGAGCGUGCCCUUAAACAGGUGCGGGUGGAGGGUCUGUCUGGCAACAUUCAGUUCGAUCAGUAUGGAAAGAGGGUAAAUUAUACUGUCCAUGUUAUGGAACUGAAAAACAAUGGCCCUGUUAAGAUUGGUUACUGGAAUGAAGUUGAUAGGAUGGCUGUCACAAAAUCAGAUCUUUUCCCCAAUGAUACGAUGGGUCUGGAGAACAAGACAGUGAUAGUUACCACUAUUCUGGAAGCACCAUAUGUGAUGCUGAAAAAGAAUGCUGACUUGUUUCUGGAUAAUGAAAGAUAUGAGGGUUACUGCGUAGAUCUGGCAGCUGAAAUUGCUAAACACUGUGGCUUUAAAUACUGUCUAAAGAUAGUAGGGGAUGGAAAAUAUGGAGCCAGAGAUGGAGACACAAAGAUCUGGAAUGGAAUGGUUGGAGAGCUGGUUUAUGGGAAAGCUGACAUUGCUGUUGCUCCUUUAACAAUUACCUUGGUAAGAGAGGAAGUGAUAGACUUCUCAAAACCCUUCAUGAGCUUGGGCAUCUCCAUAAUGAUCAAGAAGCCUCAGAAAUCCAAACCAGGAGUGUUUUCAUUCCUGGACCCACUAGCAUAUGAGAUCUGGAUGUGUAUCGUGUUUGCCUAUAUCGGUGUGAGUGUGGUGCUUUUCCUGGUCAGCCGCUUUAGUCCGUAUGAGUGGCACACCGAAGAAUAUGAAGAUGGACACAUUCAAACAAGCGAGUCUACCAACGAAUUUGGGAUAUUCAACAGUCUGUGGUUCUCACUUGGUGCAUUCAUGAGACAAGGCUGUGAUAUUUCACCAAGGUCUUUGUCAGGUCGUAUCGUUGGUGGUGUGUGGUGGUUCUUCACUCUUAUCAUCAUCUCAUCAUACACAGCAAAUCUUGCUGCCUUCCUCACUGUGGAGAGGAUGGUUUCACCCAUUGAAAGUGCUGAGGAUCUGGCCAAACAAACUGAAAUUGCUUAUGGGACAUUAGACGCUGGCUCAACAAAAGAAUUCUUUAUGAGGUCCAAAAUUGCGCUCUUUGAGAAAAUGUGGGCAUAUAUGCGCAGCGCUGAGCCGUCUGUAUUUGUAAAGACAACAGCGGAGGGAGUAAUGCGUGUUCGAAAGUCCAAAGGGAAGUACGCCUACCUUCUUGAAUCCACCAUGAACGAGUACAUCGAGCAGCGGAAACCCUGUGACACCAUGAAGGUUGGAGGAAACCUUGACUCCAAGGGCUAUGGCAUCGCCACACCCAAAGGAUCCCCAUUAAGAAAUGCGGUAAACCUCGCUGUACUAAAACUGAAUGAGCAAGGCCUGUUGGACAAAUUGAAAAACAAAUGGUGGUACGACAAAGGCGAGUGCGGCAGCGGGGGAGGUGAUUCCAAAACGCCAGUAAACCUUGCAGUAUUGAAACUCAGUGAGCAAGGCGUCUUAGACAAGCUGAAAAACAAAUGGUGGUACGAUAAAGGUGAAUGUGGAGCCAAGGACUCAGGAAGUAAGGAAAAGACCAGUGCUCUCAGCCUGAGCAAUGUGGCCGGCGUGUUCUACAUCCUGGUUGGCGGUUUAGGGUUGGCUAUGCUGGUGGCUCUGGUGGAGUUCUGUUACAAGUCGCGGGCUGAGGCCAAGCGCAUGAAGGUGGCAAAGAGUGCACAGAAUAUUAAUCCCACUUCCUCGCAGAAUUCACAGAAUUUUGCCACUUAUAAGGAAGGGUACAACGUAUAUGGGAUCGAAAGUGUAAAAAUUUAAGGGGGUGACCUUUUCGGAUGUAAUGAGAAACAAGGCAAGAUUAUCCAUCACUGGG